AUGACUGGCGAGGAACACAAAUCAAAUUCUUCCCAAUCGAAGCCUGCUGGUGGGCUAUCUAGCCCUGAUCGAAUUGUGCUUGAUAAAUCGGUGUUAUAUGGCCCUGAAUAUAACCAUGCCCUCUCAGAAGAUGCGAAAAAACAACCUAGCUCUGCUGUGCUAGGAAAUAAGCCAAUGGCCUCCGAUACGCAGUGCCCUAAUUUGGAUACUCGGUUACACAGAUGUCGCUCUCUGAGUUGCUAUGCUCGCACAUCUGAAGUUUCUGACCGCGGAGUGCAAUACUGCGAACAGACUUUUCCAACCAGGUCGACAAUUCAUGAGAUGGAAACUUGUGAGAACACUAGGCCAUUAUUUUUGCAACCCGGAUAUUUGCACAUGUUUCCUGACCAAACAUUGCCUCGCGGAUUCACUAUCCCAAGCGGUUGGGCGAAUACGUUUUUGUACCCGGACUGAAAGUGCUAGGUGCUGACAGAAUGCAGAAUCUCAUUAUUUGAUUGGUGUGGCCUCGCA